AUGGAGAAAGUGAAUGAAAAAGAUACAGAUACCCUAUGCUGUGUAACAUCAACAGCCCCUGUAAACAUUGCUAUGAUUAAAUACUGGGGUAAGAAGGAUACAGAUCUCAUUAUACCUCUCAAUGGAUCUCUGAGUGCGACCCUUGACCAAGGACAGCUUUGCGCUAAAACAUCUGUCGCGAUUAGUCGCAGCUUCAAAAAUGAUAGAUUGUGGCUGAAUGGCACUGAACAGUCAAUUGAUAAUCCUAGGAUCCAAAGUGUGUUGAAUGAAAUGCGACGCAGAAUUCGCAAAAGAAAGUUUGAUGAAUCUGAUCUGAGUGAAAGUUUUACACAAGGCAUGUCCAAAUGGCAUUUACAUAUUGUGUCAGUGAAUAAUUUCCCAACAGCAGCUGGUUUGGCUUCAUCUGCUGCAGGUUAUGCCUGUUUGGUGCAUGCUUUAUCAAAGCUGUUUAACAUCGAGGGUGAGGUGUCGUCCAUAGCUAGGGUAGGAUCGGGGAGUGCCUGCAGGAGCAUGUACGGAGGAUGGGUGGAGUGGCUCCCUGGGGAGGACACAGGAAGCUCAAUAGCUGUACAAGUCGCUCCCGAGGACCACUGGCCUGAAAUAAGAGUUCUGAUUCUUGUUGUUAAUGACCAGAAGAAACCAGUUGGAAGCACAGAUGGUAUGCAGGCCACAGUGAGAACAUCAGACCUGAUGCAGUACAGAGCCAAAAAAGUUGUACCAAAGAGAAUCAACAUGAUAAAGAAAGCCAUCUUUGAUAAAGAUUUUGAAACAUUUGCUGAAGUGACUAUGAAAGAGAGCAAUCAACUACAUGCAGUGUGUAUGGAUACCCACCCACCAAUCUUCUAUAUGAAUGAUACUUCAAAGCAAAUCAUCAGAUUUGUACAUGAUUUCAAUAAUGAAGAAAAUACCAUCAGGGCUGCAUAUACAUUUGAUGCUGGCCCAAAUGCUUGUAUUUUUCUUCUUGAAGAAAAUGUCAAAAAGUUUAUCUCAUCUUUCUCACGAAAAUUCCCUCCAAGCUCGUAUGAAAAUUACAUACGAGGAAUUCCUGUCAACUUUGAACAGCCAACUCCUGCUACACCUGUAAAAGGUGAUCUCUUGAAGUAUAUCAUUCAUACAAAGGUUGGUGCAGGACCUGCGAUAGUAGGUGAUGAGGCCGAAUCAUUGAUUGGAAAUGACGGACUUCCAAAAUAAUACAAUACCCGGUAAUAGUGAUACUCACAGGCGAUUGUUGAAAAUAUGGGUGUCAAAUUAGCAAGUGUUUGUCAUAAUAUGAUUUUAGAAUAGGCCUAAAGGUCCAUGUGCAGUGUGGCAAGUGAUUUUAGACGGUCAU